UCCAGCAGUGGACUGCAAUAGUCUGGAAUGAUGAUUUCAGAAAUAAAUUUAAGUAGAAUUCAUAUUCAUUAUAGAUCUUGAUGACUUAGAUAUCCUGAUAUUACAUUGAGUAUGGGAUAUGAUUGCUUAUUUAUACUUAUUAACUAUGACUAAAUAUGAUUACAGACUUAAUAGAGAUACCCGCUUUAUACGCGGCUUUGAGGAUGAAAAAAAUUUUUGCGGCGGGAAUCGACAACUGCACACUUGCGUCUAUAGCAAAGGAUCACAAGUUGUUGGAAUUAAAUAAUAUAAUUGUUUUGCCCAAUACGGGUGCUUCGGCUGAGCGCGUACUUAACGAAGCGGCCGUGCUCGCAGCUAAGAACGUCGUCAACGGACUUACCGGGAAACCUUUGAUUACUCCUGUCUUACCUUAAUUUAUAAUAAAAAGGAAAAACCUCACACACAAACCUCGGUUAAAAAA